CUUUCCAUGAUUAGUCCCUGCAGAUGUCGCACCUAUUGAUUGUGAUUGUCAAUUUCUGUUUAUUUAUUAUUAAAUGUGUUUAUGUUUUUUGGUUGACGGAAUUAUUUUUAAUCAAUUAUGUCCUCAUCUUCAACUCUUUGCCAAUUCUGCCGAAGGGAUCAAUUUAAGUAUACCUGCCCGAAAUGUAACGCUUUAUAUUGUUCUGUAGACUGCUACAAAGCGCAAGAACAUUUAAAUUGCUCUGAAGAAUUUUAUAAGUCCUGUAUACAGGAGGAGCUGACUACCUCUGAACCGAGUUCACGAGAUGAAAUGAAAAAGAUGUAUGAUAUAUUGAAAAGAAUUCGUGAGACAGAUGCUGGGCUAGAACCAGAUUUUGCUGACCCAGUAGACUCUGAUGAUGAUGCGGAAGACGACAAUGAAGCUCGCGAAGAAAGUGUACUUGAUGAGGAUGAUGAUGAAACGCAAGAUGUUGACGAUAUUGCUGCACGCUUACAAAAUGUUGAUAUAAAUGAUGCUAAUGAGGUUUGGGAACGUUUGACAUCAGAGGAGCGUGCUGAGUUUAAAAAAAUGGUCGAAUGUGGCGAUAUAAUGAAAUUACUGCCUGGGUACAAACCAUGGUGGAUUGCUUCAAAAAAACCAAAAAUUGUAGAAAUUAAAAGCGUCAAAGAUAAUUUGCACGAUUAUACAUUGGGGCCUGUUAUUGAAAAAAAUAUAUCAAAGUUCUCUAUUAUUUGCAAAAAGACUCCAUCGCCAUGUUUGCAUUAUAAUUUAUGGAACAUAAUGUGUUCUUAUGCUUGUAUGGUUCGCUAUUUCAAUGGCGAACAUUUGACAAAUCCAAACGAAGCCGUUGCACAUUUGGUAAAUCUGAGUUUAACUUUGAAAUUCGGUACGAAUUUUGAAGAAGUGGAGGACGCCUUAGUAUCUGUGGAAAUGGAAGCAUUAACAACAAAAAUAGUUGGAGUCGAAGAAUCAGUAAAUAGGGAAAUGACCUCUUCGAUGGCAAGUCGAGAACAACUACAAUCAGAUGCGCGCUCGCUAAUGGCUUCAUGUCACAAUAAAUUGACCGCGCUAAGUGAUAUAUAUCGAUUAAUGGCAAUGGCUAGAAAUAAUUUAAAACAAAGUAAAACAACAAAGGAGAGUGACUUUUACAAAUUAUUUGCCGUUUGUAAUGGAAGCAUUGAGCUUGAUCGAAAGAAAUUGCAAUUUUUAUCAAAGAAAAUUGAAUUUCUAUUGUCAUAUGUAAAUCGUGAAAAUGAGGAAAAAUUAGAAUAA